AUGAACUCUCGAGAACAGUCUGACAUGCCUCCGGGGCCCUCGUACCCAUCACCCAACGGGGCGCAGAUGGCGCAGGGCACGAUGCCGUAUUACGGGAAUCGCCAGAUGACUGCCGACGAGCUACUCUCUGCAGAGCUCUCGCGCGAGACUUCGGGACCAGGGCUAGGAGACGGAUCGAAUAAUGGCGUACACCACAGUCAAGGAAUGGUGAUGGGCUCUUCGAAUGCGGGGGAUAUGGGACGCGCUCCGAAUGAUGAACAACAUCAGCAUCAGCACAUGCUGCAGUUCCCCCCCAGCCAGCAGGUCGGUGUCGAUCCCAACCACGACCUUAGCUACGGUGAACAGAGCGCGCGCAAGCGAUCCAAGAUUUCUAGGGCAUGCGAUGAGUGUCGGCGCAAGAAGGUCAGAUGUGAUGCCAGCUCGGAGACUGGCCUCGAAACCUGUUCCAAUUGUCGGCGAUUGGGGGUAGUGUGCCAGUUCAGUCGCGUGCCCAUGAAACGAGGACCCAGCAAAGGAUAUAUCAAAGAACUCGCCGAGCGCCUUCACACCCUCGAGAGCCAGAUGCAACCUGGAAUGGUUCAGCCUGAUGUGCCCUACCAAUCGAUGAACGAGGUGUCUUUGCCCCGAGGCUAUCAGGACUUUGCAUCGCCAGUCGACCCCGGCUCGGCCAGUCGCAAGCGCACCUAUUCUGUUUUUGAGGGUCUUCCGAGCUCUUCUUUUGCUCAGCCCACUUUCAACGGGCGGGCAUCUCAGAAUGCCUUCGACACACCGGAGGCGACGGCCGACCCUUUCCACCCCACAGUGACGGCCGGCAGCGCUCCAAAACCGGGCAAUCUUUUCUGGAACCCAUCUGGAAAUGAACAGGAGCUUCCCAGUGGUCUAGAUUUGGCCGGCCUUCCGAGACAUGAAGGAGAUGACGAUAUGUCGCCAGUGAGCCUGGAUGAGGGUGCUCUUGAGGCAUACUAUCAGAAAGUUCACACACUGCUGCCAAUACUGCCGCACACCCGAGAGCGCACUCUGGAGCUCCUACAUCAAUGCAAUCGCGAAGCCCAGGAGAUUUUCUGCCAUGCCUUGUAUGCCGUCACUCGGACCGACAUGACCCGGGUCGCGGGUAAUUUUGAAAGAGUCACAUCGUUCGACAGCGCGCAGGAUCUUUUGCUGUACCACACGCGUCAAUCUUUCUUGAUUCACUCCUCAGCAGUCAACCUGGUCUGGCUGCAGACUCUGAUCUUGAUGAUCAUCGAUUGCGACUCACGGGGCCCGGAUAACUUUGUCCUGAAAGAUGGUGUCUCCAAGCCAACCUUGGUGCAGGCCGCGUCCAAACUUGGAUAUGAUCUGGCCAAAAGCCACGGCCAGCUCAAAAGCAAACGGAUGACGGAUGUGGAUGUUGACUCGGAAGCAAACUUGAUCCGACGGAGCUGGGUCUCAUUUAUUGUUUUGGCUCGUUGGUAUGCCAUCAGUGUGGCCGACGCCACUGUCGUUGCUGGGCAAGAAAUUGGCGGCCGGGACGACGACCGAGUCGUGGGCCAAAUUACCACCGGAGUCGCUUCUUAUUCCUCCUUUCUGUCGGAGAUCGUCACUCUCGCCACCGUCGAAAGCAAUAUUUGUCAGACAAACACCGGCCUGGGCCGCAUGGUAGGAGCCAAUCUGGUAGCUUCGCUUGAGCGCCUGGCAGGAUUGGAAGACAUCUUCAACGUCCAUGAAAUGCCCGAAAGCACAACUCGCCCGCUUUACGAAAGCCUUCAGUCUCAGCUGUAUUGGACCGUCCGCCUUCUCAUCAAGCGACACGUUUUCGUCUUUAGUCCGUAUGAGAUCAUUUACUGCGCACAAGAGGUGGUCAAUGAAUUGCAGAAAGCAACGAUUCAAAAUCGACCCGCCACUCCCUUUGACCUACACAGUCUGGCACUUGCUUCCAUGACUCUGUUGGAGGCGACGGUUCUGCCUGAAUUCAGCGGGGAAUGCUGGGCCGCGCUUGAGAAAGUUGAAGAAAUCCUCGAUCGCCGAUCGAAACGGUUGGUGGAAGCAUCAGAGUUUGGAAACGUCUUUGCCACCCCUGGUUGGGAUGCAAAAAUCCGUGUAUUCUUGGAGUGGCGUCGUGCAAAGUCGCAGGAGUCACUCCUCCACGAGGUUGGCGGCACGCAAAAAAGUGUGGCCGGUGCGCAUCCCCCCGUCAUGGGUCCAAACGAGCAGCGCUCCCUUCAGCAUCUCGCUGAUCUGGCAGUGGGCGCGGAGGGAUCAGUUGGUCAUACCGCGACAUCCCCACCACCGGGUCUAUCGGUGGACCAAAGCGAGUCUUCGCCCAAUCUUGCACCCCAGCUCGCGCAGGGAGGAGGAAAUGGACGCGUUGUGGUGGAUUUCAGCAUGUUGACAAAGGAGGGGUACCUGAACGUCUUUUCUGGCCUGAUCUAUCGUCGCACCCGUUAA